AUGGAGUUGAGAAGCCAUAAAGCUGGGGAGAGUAAAAUAGACGGCGUCUUUACGCUAAGUAUUGGCAGUGGAUACUUUGCGCCCUAUCAGUACAUCCAGCCUGUGUUAUGGAACCGCAAAUAUGGUGACAAGGGCAGGAGAAUCCCUUAUGGUAAUGGACCGCCUAAGGAGCUUAAGUCUGCUGUCAUGGUAAACUCAGAAUUGAAUAAUGUCAUUCCUGCGUCAGUUUCAGAAUGGACCGAGGACAAGUCGAGCAAUCUGAGUUGUCCCGAGGACUUGUUACAAGGCUUCCAAAUCUUGCUAAAGAGACCUCAAUUUUUGGAUCUUCUUUUGCACGCGUUAGAUGAUGAGGACAUGACUCUUGAUAUGACGUUAAGAUUUUAUUUGGAAGAGUUAGGCUACGAUUCCUUGAUGAGCGGUUAUGAAAGUGGGUAUAACAAUACGCUUCGUUCUGGUAAUUAUAAAUUCAACUCCGUGGUGGUUGAAUCCGCGCUAGACGACGGAGAGGAUAAUACCAAUGCCUCACUGAUAGCAGCAAUAGAGUGUGGUAAUAAUUCGUUGCUAGAUGUCCGAGUGAUUUGGCAAUUACUGGGUAAUUAUUGUUCAAUAGAUAUGUCGUGUUGUAACUUCAUAAACCAGGAAACUAUUACGGGAAUAAUAAGUCUACAUCUCGCAAGACACAUCGCUUCAUACCAUACGGAGGAGAUGUACGAGAAAGAUGAGAUUAGGAAGAAUGUAGGUUGGACAGCACCACGUAUUCUGAUAAUAACACCGACUAGGAUGCAUGCUAAGAAUUGGGUCCAAAAAUUGAGAGUAAUUUGUGGUCAUGAGGAAGCCAAGGAAAGUAGACGAAAGAGAUCAAGUCGAAGGAACCACGGCGAUAGAAAGCGUUCUAGAGGUGAGGAUAUCAGUGCGAAAAAGGAUUCGGAAGUUGACUUGGAUGAUUUUGGUUAUAGCGACUUUAUAGGAGAUUAUACGGCUUUGAUGGAUGAAGGUGGAAUUGACAUUAGGAGUGAGAUGGGUUUGAAUAUGUUAGGAUUAAAGAGACGUAAGCCUUUGGAUUUUAUUGAUAGUUUUAGAGGUGAUAAUGAUGACAAUUUCUUGACCGGGGUGCAGAUUAAUCCGGAGUAUACCCGUUAUAUGAUUGGCCCAGAACGAUCUAAUAUAGUGAUUGGUAGUCCAUUAGCUAUACGAGUGUUAAUAGGGGGUGAGAAGGAGAAACGGAUGUGUGAUUGGUUAAGCUCAGUGGAGGUGGUGGUUGUGGAUCGUGCAGAUCAAAUAGGGGAAGCAAAUCUAGACCAUUUAAGACGAGUGUUACAGGUACUAAAUGACAAGCCUCAAGAGCGAAUUAGCAAGGUGAAUAUUACAAGACUUAGAGAAUCUCAUUAUAUAGACGAUCAAAUGGACCUUAGUGUCUUUUACAGGCAAACUAUAAUGCUCUCGUCCAGAAAGGACUUACUCCUACAGUCCUUCUUCAGAACAUUCGACUCCAACUUCAGAGGGGCGUGCAGGCUCUGGCGAUCCCACAAUUCCUCAGUCGCUCAAUUCGCCCAAGCCAAAUUCAACAACAACGUUUUAUGCAUCGGCACAGGCGACAUAGGAACCGAAGGAGAUAUAGGAACCGAAGGAGAUAUAGGGACCGCAGGCGUAGCAAAUGACGAUCCCUUGGCAGCUUUAUUCAAAAAGCAUUUUAUUGACUCGUUCCACAGCCGACUAGUUGAGGAUCAGAUCAUGGUUGUCGUCCCCUCAUGGCUGGAAUAUCUUGAAGUCAGUAACUUGUUCAAGAAGGGCCUCACUACAGAUAACUUCAAAGGAAUACAUGAGCACAGCAAACCUUCCGAGAUAAAACAAGUGCGGCAGAGUCUGGCAGCUGGGGAGUGCCCCAUUGUCCUUAUCACGGAACGCUUCCUAUACCAUCGAAGAUUCCACUUCACUGGAGCCAUGCAUCUAAUUUAUUACGGAGCACCUCUUUAUCCUCCAAUAUUUUGCGAACUUGUCCAAGAUUGUGUACAAGCCCCUAGGAAAAUCGGCAGUGAAGAAAUCUGUCCGACCAACUCACAUCUAUGCAUCAUUUACUGGAAGGUGGAACUGCACGCCGAUGCGAUGGAACGCCUAUUAGGACCUCAAGCUGUCAUGCAAGCAGCACUAGCUUCCAAAAACGGGAAACUAGUUUCUAUCGACCAUGUAGUAAAGGGAUAA